UCAAAACAAGCCAGAAGAGAAAAAUUAGCACCUUCACUUCGCUGUGGAACAUUUUCGGUAAAAUUUCACGCAAAUGGACGUGGAAGAGGCCGUGCAAUCUAUUUGCGACUCUACGUCAUCACUCACAGAAGGAUGCCGAUUACCGGUGCGGAUGACCGGUACCAAUGAUUGGCCGCUUGCGGAAAUAAUCAGUAUCAAGGAAGCGCUAGCGCAGGAAAAGACGGUUUGGUACUACGUGCAUUAUGUGGAUUUUAAUAAACGCUUGGAUGAAUGGGUCACUGAGGAAUACUUAGACACGCGGAAAGUGCAAUUUCCACGGAAGGAUGGUCUCGCGACGGGGCAGAACACGGGAGUUACCACGCCGAAGCGACUUCCACUGAUUGGCGAACGAUCGCGACCUGCUAGUCCUAUUCAGUCGCCGGAUAUCCUCAACGGCAGUGCCGUACUGGCGGCGGCACUGCAGAAAAAGAUCAACCGAAAGCGAAAAGCGGUUUCGACCGAAAAUGAAGACUCCCAGGAAGUUCCUUCGACGCCAACACCGCGACAAUCGGGCAGUAUGGUUACGCACCACGACGAUGUUGUGACACGGAUGAAGAACGUCCAGCUGAUAGAGCUCGGACGGCAUCGCAUCAAACCGUGGUACUUUGCCCCGUACCCGCAAGAACUUUGUACCAUGCCCUGCAUUUACAUUUGCGAAUUCUGUCUGAAGUAUCGCAAAAGUCGAAAGUGUUUGGAGCGCCAUAUAAAGAAGUGCAACCUGCGGCAUCCGCCGGGGAACGAGAUCUAUCGGAAGAAUACGAUUAGUUUUUUCGAAAUAGACGGACGUAAAAACAAGAGCUACGCACAGAAUCUGUGUUUGCUUGCCAAACUGUUCCUGGACCACAAGACGCUUUACUACGAUACGGAUCCGUUUUUGUUUUACGUUAUGACCGAGUUCGAUUCACGGGGCUUCCACAUCGUCGGAUAUUUCUCCAAGGAGAAGGAAAGCACGGAGGAUUACAACGUUGCGUGUAUCCUGACGAUGCCACCCUACCAGCGGAAAGGCUAUGGCAAGCUGCUGAUUGAAUUCAGCUACGAACUAUCUAAAUUCGAGGGUAAAACGGGUUCCCCAGAGAAGCCUCUCUCGGAUUUGGGAUUACUCUCGUAUCGGAGCUAUUGGGCUCAAACGAUAUUGGAAAUUUUGAUCUUAGCGAAACCAACGGGGGACAACGAAAAGCCACAGAUUACCAUCAAUGAAAUCUGCGAGCUGACCAGCAUAAAAAAGGAGGACGUCAUCUCAACACUUCAGAUACUAAACCUAAUCAACUACUACAAGGGUCAGUACAUUAUCUGCAUCAAUAAGGAGACAAUCGACCAGCAUCGGAAGGCGAUGGAGAAGCACAAGAUCCGGAUCGAUUCGAAGUGUCUCCACUGGACGCCAAAGGAUUGGUCCAAGCGAUCCAAGUGGUAAUGUAAGUACACGAAUAAAAUUCAUUGUGUCAAUGAUCGUUUCCUGUACGAACUACUACUACUACUUCUGACCGGCUGACAAGCUUUUGGGUAAAAUUCUAUACUGAAUACGAUUGUUGCAAACGCGGCAGCACGCGAAUGGUGUCAGCUAUAGCUAAACGAACUGCAGGGGGGGCUGUGCUUUGUGUUAGAGAAAUAUGUGUUCUUCUUUUCGAAUUAUUUCGAAGCAGGUUUGAAACGAAACGACUCUACCUAUCACGGGAGUGUGUUCUUCUUUGAACCGGCUUACCAGACUUUCGCGUGAAGCUACUCCUAGCGUUUAAGAUUUAAGACCUUUACGUCUGCAUCAAUGCAUAAAUUCCGAUUAAGAUUGUAUUAAUCUAGGUAAUACAAAAA